AUGAAGCUCAAGCUCACCACCGGGCCGCCCAAGCAGCCCUCGCAACCCCCGCCAACCCCUCCAGUCCAGACUCCCGGCGGCACCAAGCUGAAGCUGAAGAUCGGCGGCUCCUCCUCCAACACUCCCGUCGCCGAACAAGCACCUGCCUUCCCUUCAGCGCCGUCCGCACAGGCGCAACAGCCUCCCAAGCCAAAGCGCAAAUACACCAAGAAGCCAAAGGACCCCGCCGCCGAAGGAAGCGCUGCUGGCGCCGCGCCCAAACCCAUAAAGAAGCGCAAAGCCGAAGGUGAGGGCGACACCACCGCGUCGCCCAAAAAGCCAAAGCCUACAACCCUCAAGAUCAAGCAGGAAAAGGGCCAUGCCGCGCCGCAGUCUGCCUUGCAACGCAAGCCCUCUCUCUCGAUCAAGAUCAAGAACAAGCCUACCCCCACCACCAUACCGCGCAUCAAAGUAAAACAUGUUGGCCAGCCCCCGCCGCGCCCGGCUGGUGUUGGCUACGACAGUGAAGCCGAGGACAUUGAAAUCGACCCCGCCAUCGAACACCAGAUGAUCCUGCGCAUGCUGCCUGGCCCCGACUGCGACUACCUGCGCAAGGCCAUCGAAGAGCGGCGGCUGGGCGUACCGGUCAAAGAUGGCGGCGCGGACAUACAGUUUCGGUUCUUUGACCGCGAGGGUCGCCGCGCUUGCAUCACGGUUCAGGGAAACCACUACGCGGCAUCGCUGGUCGAUCUGCCGUGUGUCAUCGAGGGCAUGAAGAGCUGGGAGAAAAAGGCAGGAUGGUUCAAGAGCGCGGAUAUCUGCCAGAUGCUGCUUGUACUCGGCAAGGUGGACAACGAAGACGCGGCCAAGGACUUCCAGCUGCCCCGCGAGGUGGAGAAGGACACUUGGCAGUACCCCCACGGCUUGACGCCUCCCAUGCACUACGUGCGCAAGCGCCGCUUCCGCAAGCGCGUGAGCUACCGCACCAUCGAAGCCGUCGAGGAAGAGGUGGAGCGGCUUCUGGAACUAGACAACAAAGCAAAAGAGACGGGCGGCGUCACCGAGUACGAGAUCGUAGACCUGCACAGACAGCGCGACGGCAGUUCUGUCAUGGGCGAGGAGGACGGCGCAUACGAGCAAGAGCUCAUCGACGACCAAGCCAUGGACGACGGCGGCUUCGAACUCGACGAAGCAACCAUGGCACGGCUCAUGGAGCAAGAGCUCGGCGGCGACGACCACGAAGAGCACGCAUCCGAGAUUGUCAAGUCGGUCGAAGGUGCCAUGUCGGCCAACGACAUUGACGCGGCGCACGCCGUCGUGUCGCAUGCGCUGGGGCAGGAGACGACGCCAGCAGCGGAAACGCCCGGCGGGCCCUCGGCGGCCGAGACGGAGCAGUCGGAGUCGGAGUCGGACGAAGGCGACGACGACGACGUGGACGAAGCGGCAAUGGCAGCACAGCAAGAAGCGGCACAGCAGCGCGAAGAGAUUGCCGACCUGCAGCGCGAAGUGGAAAACGCACGGCUGCAGAUGGAGAAGCAGAGCAACCCGCUGCUGAAGAACAGACUAGCCGCCAAGUUCAAGAGCCUGCAAAGCGACCUGGAGCUGAAGAAGGCGAGCCUGGGCGACGAGUGGGACGAGUGA